GCAGGUUCCUCCGCGGAGCAGGCCUUCCACUCAACUGGCAUGUCUGGAUUCCAGCUGUUUCCACCACCCAGAGCAGAUCUUAGAAGUCCACCUAGAAUCCUGUAACACAGCAGCAUGGCCAGCAGCUCCACCCUGAGCUGCCCAGCAGCUGCCGACUACAGGUCCAUUCUGAGCAUUAGUGACGAGGCAGCCAGGGUGCAGGCCCUGGACCAGCACCUCAGCACGCGUAGCUAUGUCCAGGGAUACUCCCUGUCCCAGGCAGAUGUGGACGUGUUCAGGCAGCUCUCAGCCCCUACUGAUGACUCGAGGUUCUUCCACGUGGCUCGGUGGUUCAGACACAUAGAAGCGCUCCUGGGUGGCCCCCAAGGCAGAGGCGAGCCCUGCAGGCUCCAAGCAAGUAAAGGCCGGCGAGUGCAGCCUCAGUGGUCCCCUCCAGCCGGGACUGAGCCCUGCAAGCUUCGCCUGUACAAUAGCCUCACCCGGAACAAGGAUGUAUUUAUACCUCAAGAUGGGAAGAAGGUGACGUGGUACUGCUGCGGGCCGACUGUGUAUGAUGCAUCUCACAUGGGACAUGCCAGGUCUUACAUCUCCUUCGACAUCCUAAGGAGAGUGCUGAGGGAUUACUUCCAGUACGAUGUCUUUUAUUGCAUGAACAUCACGGACAUUGAUGAUAAGAUCAUCAAGCGGGCGCGGCAGAACUACCUGUUUGAACAGUAUCGGGAACAGAAACCCUCGGCUGCCCAGCUUCUGAAGGAUGUCCAUGCUGCCCUGAAGCCAUUUUCAGUCAAGUUAAGCGAGACAACAGACCCCGACAAGAGGCAGAUGCUGGAGCGGAUCCAGAACUCUGUGAAGCUUGCCACAGAACCACUGGAGCAGGCUAUGCACUCCAGCCCCUCUGGAGAGGAAGUAGACAGCCAUGUGCAGGUAUUGCUGGAGGAAGCAAAGGACUUGCUUUCUGACUGGCUGGAUUCUACAGGUGGCAGUGAGGUGACUGACAAUUCUAUUUUCUCCAAACUGCCCAAGUUUUGGGAAGAAGAGUUCCACAAAGACAUGGAAGCCCUGAAUGUUCUCCCUCCUGAUGUCCUGACCCGGGUCAGCGAGUAUGUGCCAGAAAUUGUGAACUUCGUCCAAAAGAUUGUGGACAAUGGUUACGGCUAUGCUUCGAAUGGGUCAGUCUACUUCGACACAGCCAAGUUUGCUGCUAGUGAAAAGCACUCCUAUGGGAAGCUGGUGCCUGAGGCCGUUGGGGACCAGAAAGCUCUUCAGGAAGGGGAAGGUGACCUGAGCAUCUCCGCUGACCGCCUCAGUGAGAAACGUUCUCCUAACGACUUUGCCCUGUGGAAGGCCUCCAAGCCAGGAGAGCCAUCCUGGCCUUGCCCCUGGGGAAAGGGUCGUCCGGGAUGGCACAUAGAGUGCUCCGCUAUGGCAGGCACACUCCUGGGAGCCUCAAUGGACAUUCAUGGCGGAGGGUUUGACCUCCGUUUCCCCCACCAUGACAAUGAGCUGGCGCAGUCAGAGGCUUACUUUGAAAAUGACUGUUGGGUCAGGUACUUUCUGCACACGGGCCACCUGACGAUAGCAGGCUGCAAGAUGUCCAAGUCACUGAAAAACUUCAUCACCAUUAAAGAUGCCUUAAAGAAACACUCAGCUCGGCAGCUGCGGCUGGCGUUCCUCAUGCACUCUUGGAAAGACACACUGGACUAUUCCAGCAACACUAUGGAGUCUGCACUUCAGUAUGAAAAGUUCAUGAACGAGUUUUUCUUAAAUGUGAAAGACAUCCUCCGAGCUCCUGUAGACAUCACUGGCCAGUUUGAAAAAUGGGAAGCUGAAGAAGUGGAGCUCAAUAAGAACUUCUAUGACAAGAAGACAGCAGUUCAUGAAGCCCUGUGUGAUAACAUUGACACGCGCACUGCCAUGGAAGAGAUGCGGGCUUUGGUCAGUCAGUGCAACCUCUACAUAGCAGCCAGGAAGGCUGAAAGGAGGAGGCCCAACCGGGCUCUGCUGGAGAACAUUGCCAUGUACCUCACCCACAUGCUGAAGAUCUUUGGGGCCAUAGAGGAGGAGAGCCCCCUGGGUUUCCCAGUUGGUGGACCUGGAACCAACCUGAAUCUCGAGUCCACCGUCAUGCCCUACCUGCAGGUACUGUCAGAAUUCAGAGAAGGCGUGCGGAAGAUUGCCCGAGAGAAAAAAGUCCUUGAGGUUCUUCAGCUCAGUGAUGCUCUCCGGGAUGACAUCCUACCUGAGCUCGGGGUGCGGUUUGAAGACCAUGAAGGACUGCCAACAGUGGUGAAGUUGGUAGACAGAGACACCUUACUGAAAGAGAAGGAAGAGAAGAAAAGGGCUGAAGAAGAGAAGAGGAGGAAGAAAGAGGAGGCGGCCAGGAAGAAACAGGAGCAAGAAGCAGCUAAGCUGGCCAAGAUGAAGAUUCCACCCAGUGAGAUGUUCCUGUCAGAAAUCAACAAGUAUUCCAAAUUCGAUGAAAAUGGUCUGCCUACCCACGACAUUGAAGGCAAAGAGCUGAGCAAGGGGCAGGUCAAGAAGCUGAAGAAGGUCUUUGAAGCCCAGGAGAAACUGUACAAGGAGUAUCUGCAGAUGUUGCAGAACGGCAGCCUACAGUGAUGCCACAGCAGCCCAGAAUGGGUAUACCUGCCAGCCUGGCCACCAUGGACUGAGAGACACACCCACUCAGGCCCUGUGCCCUGGUCAUGUUUACAGCUGUUCUCACACCUGAAUCAGACAGAGUGGCAGCAGCUCUGGGACAUUGAUAAUAAAUUCUUCUGAACACUGAAGCCUGCUCUGCCCUCUCAGCACUUGGAGAUCUGGCCUGUGGGUGCCUGGUCAACAGCUUACAACACAGGCCUCCUAGUCAAUUGAGCCCCUCAGCCAGCCUGCCCAGGAAUUUCCCUUACACUGGCGAGCUGGGCUAAUCUCCGCUGCGUUGGCACAUUUGGUGGUAUUGGAGUAGGAAAAAGACUGAAUCAGCCCAACAGAUCCCCCUGAGCCUCAGACAAAGGCUGCUCAGUUGGCUUUCUAGCUCCAAUGAACACACACUGCAUGUUUCCCAGAGCAACUGACGGUGGCAGCAGGACAGAUGCCCUCUGGGAUAGGGCUCUGGCAAGCUGCCUGGGACUGCUGUUAUGACAGCAAACCCAGAUCAGCACCACUGGCUUGUGUGAUAAGGGGUCUGUAGGUCCAGCCUCAAGUGUGUUUCCUCCCUACCUUUUCCCAUCUGGUUGCUCACCCCUGCUAAGAAUCAGCACCCAUGCUGAAUGUGUCUGACCUUCUCUGAUAAAACAAGAGUAUGGACAGCAGCCAGAACCUGAGUGGUACCUCUGGAGCUGUCCAGAGACACCGGGGGCAGAUGUGGAUUCCAGAUGCCACAGAGCUCAAGUAUACUGAUGAUUAUAUAAAUCUGCUGCUUCUUUGUCCUUGUGACAGACUUUGUUGAGAACUAUCCUGGAGACACCCGUACCAGCCUGGGGUACCAUAGGCAUGUGUUGUAGAGUAUAGCGGGGUGAGUCUGCAGGAGGCCAUACAGUCUUUCAGAUAGUCAUAAUCAGAUGGGGUCUUCUGAGGUGUGCACCUUGUAUGUCUGUGGUCUCUCAUGAGUCUCUAGAGUGACUAUAUCUCAACUGGUGGCUGUCCUGAGAGAGAAGGCACUGGGUGGCUUUUAGGAUGGAGCCUCACAGGUCAGCACAGUCCCUUCUUGGACUCUGUUUAGAAGCCUCUCAGGUUUACCCUUGUCACCAUGAGGAGAUAAGACAAGUUCCCAGAAAGGGUGGGGGCGGGAGAGACCACAAUGGCACAAGUCAGGCAGUUUCUAAGAAGAGGUUCACCGUGUCUCAGCUGCAGUAGUACAGAGGGGUGAGUGAGCUGCAGCUUGGCUGUUGGCAUCCAUAGGUAUUGCACACACAGGCAAGACCACUGAGCUACACCCCAGCUAUGAUCUGAGGCAAAGAAAGGAAUAGCAGUGCAUUGUGAUUGGACAGAGCAGGAUGGAGGUACCAACACUGGGUCCCUCCAGGCGUUACAGAUGGGGAAACUGGCAGAAUGCAGCAGCAGGGCAGGCUAGACCUUAAGUCUUCUCCUCCAGCAGUGGGCAUCUAUUCAAUAGGAUAAUUAAUAUGGGAAGACCCCUCUUAGUUCUGGGCAGGACUAUUCCCUGGAUGGGGGAUCCAGGACUGUAUGAAGAGUAGAAAGUGGGCUGAGCACCAGCACUGCUGCUUGGGACUGUGGACUUAUGGCCAGCGGGUCCUGUCACCUUGACAUCCCCACUGUGAUGGACUGAGUGUACCUUGUACUGUGAGUUAAACACUUUCUCCUUUAGGUUGCUUGACAGGUGAAAACUCAAGACAGCAACCCCUCCUGUUGUCAACGCCUUCAUUAGGAGCAUUCAGGUCGUUUUAAACUUUUUUCUGUUAUAAAUAGUACAGGGCAGGAAUUGUUUGCUAAAAAUAUCAGACCAAAAUUGUUUCUAAAGCAUCCUUCACCCGAUGAAAGGAUUAAUUUCUAAGAAAUGAUCAUUUGUUCAUCCCUGCCUGGGAACCUUCUUUGCUAGCCAAAUUCUAUAAACCAACACGAGGAGGCUGAGGCUGGUACCCAAGUCCCUGCUCUGGCUCCAGGCUACAUAGAGGAAAUACCACCUUGGUCCCCUUGUCAGCAGCAAUGGAGAGACAGCCCAGUACUGCUACCAGUAGCCUGAUGCAUUUCUUUCCUUCUUAGGGACCUCCACUCAGGUAAAACUGACUAUGCUAUAGAAAAGAAUUUCAGGACAAGAAGCAAAGUUAGCAUGAAUAUUAAACAGAGAUAAGAAAUAAUUCAUGCUUUGGAUCUAAGUGUAGGUAUUGAUCAAGAGAGACAGUCUUGGAUGAAAUACAGUUCAUACUAAGACUUGAGUGCAGGCUACAGGAAGCCAGGCUUACCCUCCCUUAAGAGCAGCUGUUGAAGGAACCCUGUGACUCUCUAGGUCAGACUACUGAAAGGAUUUACAGUAACAGUUAAAUAUUAAGUUAAAUUGGGAAGUGGUGGCACACGCCUUUAAUCCAGAGAGGCAGAGGCAGGUGGGUCUCUGAGUUCAAGGCCAACCUGGUCCACUGAGCAAGUUUCAGGACAGCGAGGAAUACACAGAGAAACCCAGUCUCAAAAAAACAAAAUAAUAAUAAUAAAAAAGAUUAAACUUAAAAUUUAGUAAAGUUAAACAUUAUAUAGUACCAUGCUUUAGACCCCCCCCAUGCCCAUGCUUUGGGCUGUGCCUCUAUGCUGAGCACCUCUCAACCCCAGUGCUUCAAUCUAUAUUCAGAAAGCUUUAUUAAUCCAGGUAUGGUGGUGACUCUUUAAUCCUAGUACCCAGGAGGCAGAAGCAGGCAGACAUUUGUGAGUUCAAGGACAGCCAGGGUUAUGUAGUGUGACCCUGUCUGAAAAAUAAAUAAUUAAGUAUCUUAAGCUUGUUACCAGUUGUUGGGAUCUGAGUGUGUAAGACUUUAAGACAAUCCUGAAGCCAUUUUUGACAAUUCUGAAUCCUCUCAGCCUCUGUGCCAUAGUGCUUCCCCUCCUCCCCUGGGAACCAAGGACCUAACAGCUACACUCGCAUGUACUCAGUUCCUGAACAAUUACCCAUAUACGUAUGCUUUGGUUCGGUCCCCUGGGAAACGGGGUCAAAAUGACCUCUUACCUCAUCUGAUCUGGCAACAGCUCUCCAGUCAAUUAUUGGUAUUAGCCCUUUCAAAUAAGCCAAUCAGAAUAGUCAAAGAACAACCCCCCUUGCUUCUGUGGCCCCUUUAAAAGUAGACUGUACCCACUAUUCGAGGUCCCUCGGCUUCCCGAAUGCUGGGGGACCCUGUCAUGACAGAAUUAAUAAAAUCCUCAUGCUUUUGCA